AUGGAGGAGCAAGUUCAAGGAGGGGUUUGUGGUGGCAAUUUUACGGAACUCAUCCGUUCAUCGUCGAUCAAAGGCCCCGGGCGCUUCGGGUGGCCGAACCAUUAUCGAGCCACUUGUGACUCGGCCGGUUCAGUAAUACACGAACCGUCACCCGAAAACGUCGCGAUUGUCUCGACCCUACAAAUGAUGGGAAUCAACCUUUCACCUUCCACUAGUGUUGAUGAUGAUAAUUGGAACCAAGAUUUGAUUUUACAAGUUUCAAUAUCUGCUCCUCUUGACCUAGUCGACCCAGGCAUGAACAACGACGAGCAAAACCCGGAUUUUCAAUAUAACCCAAAUUCGUUCGACUAUAGUUUACCCUUGUUGCAAACCUUGUUAGAUGUGGGUCCCAUUCGACAAUCUACACCAAACAAUCACCAGUCCAUAAAUUACAGACCGUCGCAAAAUUAUGUGAGCCGGACCGAAUUUUGCCCUACUUUACCCAAUAAUGUUCAAGAAACGCGACAUGCUAAUGACCGUUUUGAGUUCACGAAUAAUUACGCGCCCUUUUGGAAUGAAUCGGCUUCGAGUUUUGCCGCCUCGAGCCAGGCUCGUUUAAUUCAUCGUCCAUCGUCUCUUCAUAACUCAAACCCUAAUUUUGAUCACAUUCUUGAUUCCAAGCAACAUAAUUAUCAAGAAGCCGGCCGAGGACCAAAGAAAGCCAGCCACAAGCCGGCAGCCAAGCGGCCGCCAGCCGAAAGUCCAUCACCAUUAUCGGCCUUUAAGGUUCGAAAAGAGAAGCUUGGGGACCGAAUAACGGCCCUUCAGCAGCUAGUUUCACCUUUUGGAAAGACUGAUACUGCAUCGGUUCUCCAUGAAGCAAUUGAAUACAUCAAGUUUCUCCAUGAACAAAUCGGUGUACUAAGCACACCAUAUUUAAAAAAUGGAUCCCCUCAACUGAAAUAUCAACAGGCUGAAGACAAAAUAAAAGAUGCAAAAGAGCAAAUUGAAGACCUAAAAAGCAGAGAGAUAACAAAAUACAUGUUCAAGAUUCCUUCAAGAAGGCUCCUGCAUUGCAAAUGCACCUCCCGAUGA